AUGUUUAGCGAUGCAUCCCGAGAAGCGGCCAAGAGAUAUGGAGUUUCGGAGCUGAAAAUGCUCUCAAACGAUUUGGACAGCCAUGUUCAAAACGUUAAUGACAACACCAACAAGCUACACCGCCUCGAGCUGAAAAGGAGCACCGUUCGACGGAGCAGCAGCCAUGACGACGAAGAACAGGAGAGCAUACUCGCCCGAUUCCUGUCGGGAAUUCUACCCGAGCAAGGUCCAGUCAAGCCAGAGCAACAAUCCCCAGAGACACACAGCACAGAUGGUUCGACUAAGCAAACCACCAACGAGUCAGCGAAUCUGAGAAGGGGUCUCUUUGGGGGUCUAGGAAAACUCUUUGGAGGUGACAAAGGAGACGGAGGAGAUGCAGGAGGACCAAUCGCCGAUGCCAUGUCGAAAGUUGCCGGUAAAGCUUUUGGCAAGCUUCUCAACGCCACCGGCGACGGCCUCGCCGGCGCCGGUUUCUUUGGCGGCGUCGGAAUCGGUGAGGGCGCCGCGCAGGCGCUGAACCUGACGACGGUGCAGAACUCCAAAACCACUGGCGAGCAGGUCGCGCAGCAAAACGGCAUGACGAGCUCCGGACUCAACCCCAUUGUCCAGAGCGCCGCCAUGGGGCUGACGGCCACGGCACUCAAAGCCGUCGUGGACAGCAAUCUGCUGCAGCUGCCGCCGCUUGCUUCCAUUGCGGCGUCGCUGGGCACCGGUGUCGGCAACGGAGGUGCCAUGGGUCUCGGCCUCACGAAGCGAGACGUGUCGCCGUCGCUCAACGGGUCCGGUCUGGUCGACAGCAUCGGCGCGCUGGGCUUUGGCGCCACGCAGGCGCUGACGUCGAGCCUCAACAUUACAGGGGCGGGCGGCUUGUCGUCGCUGCUGCCCACGCAGGGGCUCGACGUCGGCGGCAUUGCUCUCGGCGCCGGUUCCGGGAUCGGCCAGGGCGCCGCGCGCGGGCUCAAGCUUGCCAGUGCGGCGCAGCAGCCGCCGGCGCCAAAAUCCAACGGAGACAUUGCCGGCAUUGCAAACACGUUUGCGUUUGGUUUGAGCAACGCCCUGACCGAGGGCCUCAAUGUCAGCGCGCAGAGCCUGGGCGCCAUGCUUCCGCCGAUUGACUUCAACUCUGCCGCGCUGAGCGUGGGAGACGGCAUAGGAAGCGGCGCGGCGCUGGGGCUCAAGCUGGCGCAAAACGACACGAGCGGCUUUGGCACGCCGUCGGGGAUGUCGGCGCCGUCAAUGGCGGACCUUCCCAAGAUUGCGGGCACGCUGGCGUUUGGCGUGAGCAAGAGCCUGACACAGUCCCUCAACACGAGCGGCGUCAGCGUGUCGAACCUUUUGCCGGCGGAUCUCGAUAUCGGAGGAAUUGUCAUGGGUGCUGGCCGUGGCCUCGGCGGCGGUGCGUCUGCAGGGUUAGGGCUGACCGGGUCGGCGGACAGCGGCAGCGGCAGCAGCAGCAACAUCAGUGCUCGUGCUCUGCCAGACUCUUUGAAAGACGUUGCAGGUUUGGUGGAGAAGUUUACCUUUGGACUCGGCAACUCGUUUACAGACAAGAUCAACCUGACCUCUCAGGCCAAUAAUCUCGCUUCUGCCCUGCCAUCCGUUGAUCUCGGCGCGACUGUCUCGAGCGUCGGAUCGGGCCUGGGGCUGGGCCUCGCCAAGGGCCUGGAUCUGAGCGCGAAAGCCAUUACGCCGCCUGAAAGGCCGUCAUCUAUAAAGGAUCUACCGCAGCUGGCUGGCACAUUUGCGUUUGGACUGAGCGACGCGCUUACCAGCCAACUCAACAUCAGUGGGCUCACUAGCGGCCUGACCAAGAAUGCCGGAAGCCUCGUGGCAAAAUUCGCGGCUCCCGUGGCGUCUGGCCUCGGAAAAGGUAUAGGAACCGGUGCGGCGGUUGGCCUCGGCCUGCAGCCAGAGUCUGAGGCGGCGACGUCUGUGCAGGAGGCAUCGCCGCAGAAUGGCGACAUUGAUGCCGAGGGCCUCACGCAAAGCUUUGCAGAAGCGCUGGUGUCGCGGUUCCUGGCAAACGAUACCGCAGGCGAGCUCAUCAAGAGCUUGUCUGGAGGCAAUGGCACCGAUGGCGCCGGUUCUCUCCUGAGCAACAUUGACGUUCCGCGCCUAGCCAACGGUCUGGCCAGAGGCCUUCUCACCGGUGCUGGAGACGGUGUCCAGGCCCUCGGCGGGAUCAACGCCCUUGUCAGCGGCAAGACCGUGGCGCUCACGGGACCUGUUUCGGAAACAAAGGUUGACUUUGACGACUCUGCCAGUGGCGCGGCGGUAGGACUCGGCCAGGGUCUGGGAACGUCGGGCGUCUUGACGGUGCAAAAGUUGCUUGCGCGCAGCAUGAGUGCGAGUGCCAAUCCCACAGACAAUUCGAGCAACCCGCAAAGGCGGGACCUCGCCGUCUUUGAUCGUCGCCAGGAUAACAACAACGACGGUGCCUCGCCACCGAUAAACCUGACGCUGUUUGCUGAUGCGUCGGCCAUUUCGUCAAUUGGGCAAAAGGGCGUCGACGUUUUGACGUGCGACGGCAUCGCGGGUUUGCUGCUCGUUGCGUCUGGGCUUCAAAAGAGCGGCACCGUGUCUGGUGGGACACCAAGCGGCAACACGCUCGACACUCUCAAGUCGUUGAUCCCAAUGGGGACGAUUCAAGUCGAGUCGCAGGGAAACACGUUUGCUAUCGACGGCACUCAACUCGCAGAGAAUCUGGGGAAGCCUGAUUUCAACGUCCUGUCGACGCUGAGCAUCAAUGGGUCUUCCUUUGCAAAAUAUACAGCAUUCUUGGUACUGCACAUUGGAACCGCCAUCAUUGCCUUAUACGUGAUUUGGCCUCUCAUUCUGAGCGUUGCUAGCUUACAGAAUAUCGCUGCACACUUUCAGAUCCCGAGUCCUCUCAGCAGCUGGACUACAAAGACGAGCAGGUUUCUUCGGCUGUUUGUACUGCCACCGUCUUUGAUUCUGAUUCUCGUGUUUGGCAUUCUGGCCGGUGCGUCCAAGGGUCACUUUCGCACAGCCCAUGGGAUUUUGAGUCUCUUUACUCUCAUCUUCACCAUCGCCGCUCUUGCCCUCUUCUUCUUUGCCAAGCCCGCAGACCUCACGCCCAGCGACUCUGUAACCUCGUCCGCCAAAAAGCAGCGCGACAUUGUGACGUGGGCCUCGCACGCCUGCAACCAGAUCCUCCUAGCAUUGCUACUUCCCACGGUCAUUACCGGAUUUGCAGAUUUGAGCAGCGUCACGCUCUGCCUGACCCGCGCCGUGCUGCCGUUUGAGCUGGCCGUGGCUCUGGGCAUGGGCCUCAUGUCUGUGUUUGCGCUCGGCCAGUUUAUGAGCGGGAUCGAGUUGUUUCUUGCAUUCAUGGCCAAGAGGGCUGAAAGGAGGCAGAGGUCGACGGUAAAGGAGGAAGCCGCCGAUGGACCAGGCCGUCCUCGAAUCGGAUCACCGGUUCCUCAACGCACUGGCACCGUCAUUCUGGAAAAGGGCGUCGUCGUUUUGGAAAAGGAAGAAGACCGGGAGCAGGCUGGCGGCCCACCGCAGGCACCCCUUUACAUUUAG